AGGAGGAGAAACAGAAACAGUAGAUACACAGAGACUGGAAGAGGGAGACCAUCAGCUUUAUAGCAAGAGAUGAGGAACGGACCAUCGCAGCCAUAACACAGACGGACCUCAUUAUCAUUUUUUUGGAGUAAACACAUUUUCGUCAUCAGCGGCCAUCGCGUCAUUACGCACAUUCCUCAGCAGGAUUUGCGCAUUUUUUAAUUCCAGACACUCCGCUGCUGAUUUCAAAUAUCUCUGCACAGGGAAAUAGCUCCUCAGACAUGAUCGAGCAGGUGAAGCAUUUUAUCUGACACUUACAAAUUAAAAAUAACAAAAAUAAGUCAAAUGGAAGAGCAGAACUCCAAACCGGAAUCCAGAAACAUGGACGCGUGUCUGAGAAGACUCAAGCAGGAACUGCUGUCUAUGAGAGAAGCUGGAGAUGGCCUCCACGCUCAGAUGAAUUCAAUGAUGGGAGCUCUCCAAGAACUCAAGCUCCUUCAGGUCCAGACAGCGCUGGAAAGCCUAGACAUUUCAGGACGCCCAAUUAACCGGGGAAUCCCACAUCCUUCUUCAACUACCACUCAGCUAUCAGCUGCAUCAGUUUUGGGUCUAAGUGAAAAGCACGAGCAAAGACCAACCAUGCCAGAGGAACCCAGUACCAGUCCAGUGUCAAGUCUGAGGCUAUCCUUAGACAGUAGAAACUCCUUAAGUAGGGAUGAUCAGACCUCAUCAAGAAACAGAAGCAGCAUGGGAUUCUUCUCUUCUUCAGCUUCCAGUCUGGAGAGUGAGAGUCAGAGUGAGAGUGAAAGUCAAAGAAGUGGUACAAGUGCAAGAAGUGAAAACAACAUUGAGUCAAUACCCAAAAGGUGGUCUGGCUACACUGCCCCUCAGGUAGACUUUUAUGGACCAAUGGUGGGAAACCCACCGCCAGAGCUAUACCCUCAUUCCCAGGCUCCUCGUCAUGCUCAGGUGGUGGAUCUGCCUGGGAUCCUGUACAGCCUCUCCAAAGAGGGGCCUUCUUUGGAUAGUGACUACUCCCAGGACAGCGCAGACGAUGCCAGCGACUGGACAUCAUCGCUCAUGAGCCGCAGCCGCAACCGUCAGCCCCUGGUGCUGGGUGACAAUGUAUUUGCAGACCUUGUAGGCAACUGGCUUGACCUGCCUGAGGUGGAGAGAGAGGAUGGAGAACAAGAGUCAAGGAGGAAGAAAAGACAGGAAAGGACAACAGAAGGAGAGGACAGACCCGACACACCAGCCCACCCUCUUCGCCUCAGCCGCUCGCAGGAAAUCUGCAAGAAGUUCUCGCUUACCACAAACAUCUUCAAGAAAUUCCUGCGAAGCGUUCGGCCUGACAGGGACAAACUCCUCAAAGAGAGGCCUGGCUGGAUGGCUCCAGAGCUGUCUGAGGGUGACCUUUUCAAAAGGCCUAAGAAAGCGGCUCCUAAGGCGUCAAAAGGCAGCUUUUAUCUGCCCUUCUGGGCAAACGGACAGCAGGGCAAAGGCAGGCCAUGUCCGCAUCUAGCCGAAGCCGAAAGAAAACAGCAACAGUACCAGCCCUUCCCCCAGUUCUACCAGCAACCAUUCCCAGGAAUUUAUCUAGACAGGAGACAGCCAGAGAUGGGUCUGGAGAAAAGGCAACCCUUGUUUGACUAUAACACAGCUGUGUGGGUCUAACAGUGAGUCUCGGGCCAAAAGGCUGCCAAUGUUGCCAGACUGACUAGGAGACAGGUGCUGGGGGUACGAGCGGCUCUGAUGGAAGGAGUGAAUGGACGAAUGAAUAAGAGGCUGGGGUAUAAUUGCAUCUUUCAGAAAUGAUCUGGUACACUUCCAACACCUCCAGCACAUGUUCCUCUUGCAACUCAGAGAUUAUCAGGUCUAACAGUGAGUCUCGAACAUUUUGUAUGACAAUCUGAGAACCUUGUGUUCUGUGAGUGACUGAAAAUGUGAUGCAGUGUGUCUGAGUCUUUUUCAGGAUUUAUGCUCAAGUUUUGUAUUUUUCAAAUGUCUUCACACGUGUGCACACAGAUUGUCUGGUUGUCCCAGAAGAUGGUACUUUUGACAUGAACAUCCUUCUCAGAAUGUCACCAGAAACUUUACAAAAGCUACAACAGACAUUUUUUUAUUGCUACACUCUCCGACAUGACUCACAUUACUUCUCUGCAUCUAUAUAUAGCAAUCACCAGGAGUAAAAUUGUAUUGUUACAGUUUCCAUAUGUGAAGCUGUUUACAGCUUCAACUGAAUGCACUGCCACUAAAGAGUCCUGAGCUUCCUUUUGUUUCCAAAAAGGCUUUGGAAAGUCAGGUUUAACUGGACCAGCCUCGUUCACUCUGCUCAGGAAUUAAAAACUGAAAAAAUACAAGUAGACUCUGCCACACUUCAAUCAGUCUCAAAUAUAAGUUAGUAAACUCUUCCUUGGAUCUACAUUUGCUCAAACAGACAAAUAUGGUGCAUGUUCAAUUCAAAGCCUGCACUAAAUAAAUGCUGUUAAACUUGAUUUCAAAUUGGACAGAAUCACUUUUCUUUUCAGUUUUGCUGACAGCGUGUUUCACAGUAAGGGGGAGGAGGUAAAAGAUGGCACAGCCAAUUGUGAACAUUGACUAACCGGCAGCCAUCUGGUACCCGGUCGUUAUUGAAAGCAUGUCUGUAGCUUGAAAAAGUUGCAGAACAAGCUUGUUUAAUCCCAAAGCUUCAUGAAUGAUCGGGAUUAUAAUGGUGGUGUUACAUGUUGCAUACAUGCUGAACUGUAACAGAGCUGAAAUAAUAAAUGGUUGGAAAAAUUGACCAGCAGUCAUUAAAGCGAGUUGAGGUUAAUGUACCUGAUGUAUAGAUAUUUGUACAUAGCUGUCACCAAACAAACAGCAGCGAUAAGAAGCACUUACUGUAAUAUGCCAUUGCAUGAUUUUCAUUAUUCUGUGCAGAUAUGAAUAUUUAAAAUGCGGUCACAACAUUGCAUGUAAAGAAUGCCACAGUACUCGGAUUUACAGAUAUUACUUUUCAUAAAUAGCAUCAACAGCUUUUUUCACAACCCCCCUCAGGAUUACAGACCACACUGCCCACUCUCACUCACAACACUCUGCUGAUAAUGGAUGACCACUGUUAUGCAAGGACAAUCUGAUGUUCUUUACUUAUUGUAGAAGAAUAUUUUAUUUCUGUGUCUUAAAUGGGGUAACAGACGAACCAUUUCAGCCAGCAGGGAUUAGGCCUCAGAGGUCUUUUGAGUGUCUUGGCCAGAAGAUCCAUAUGGCGUAUAGUCUCAGUAUUCAGGUCAAUACAUUCUGCUCAUUCAGAGGGUCCAACACUCACACAGACACAUACAGAUUUAGCUAAAACAAGACGCAGCAGUCUGAAAUGUUAAAUCACUCAGUAUGUCUUUGUAAUUGGAACAUUUCUUUCUUUUUGGUAAAUUGUUCUUCCAUGUAAUUUUUUGUGAUAUUGUUGGUAUUUUUCACCGGGGUUCUGCGAACUGUUUAUAGUGUUUAUGUGUCCUGUGUGCUGUAAAUCUGUCACUGACUUUCAUAAAUUAAAUCUGCUUUACAGAAA